UCAACGUCAACUGAGGUCUACUUUCAACUUGUCGCAAUCGCGAGAUAGCCAUCUUCAUUGCGACAGCACCCCUGCCCUCAGUACAUCUGCCCCACGAUGACAUCCUUGGACAAGACGACUGCCUUUACGUCGACCGCAAUCUCUGAUAGCAACAGUAUCCGGAUCGCUGAAGGACCACAAAAGCCGCACAGGCAAUAUUCCUGCCCUAUCUGCCAGAAGGUUUUCAAACGCAGUGAGCACUGCUUAAGGCACGUGCGAGGCCACACCAGGGAAAAGCCGUUCUCUUGCCGAUUUUGUGGCCGAAGAUAUUCUCGAAAGGACCUUGUCAGUCGCCAUGAAAAAUCUUUUCAUCCUCUCGGAAGUCUCGAGCAUAACAUCAACAACUCGAUUGAUACAAACACCGGUGCACAUCAAAACAAUGUCGAGGAAGAAGGAAAUUCAAUACUGCCUGACGUAGGAUACCAUACGUUGUCACCAGGUGUUGAUGAGGAGUAUGAUCAACGUCCAGACGCACGAUUUUCACAGAAUACCCAGAACACCGACACCAGCCCGGACAAGUCCAUGGAACAUAUCACUCAAGACACUCAGCAACCACAGAGUGAUACUCAAGAACCACGGCAAUCGAACAUCGCAGAUGAAACAACCCAAUCAUCCCUUCCUCCACAUACCGAGACAAACUCCACAGCCCAGGAUGGUUAUCUGGGCAAUUCUCCCACCCAUGCACAGCUUGACUUGUCAGACUUGAGAUCCCCAUAUCGCCAAUCUCAGCUUCAAGACUUCGCAUUCCCCAGCUCCACUUCGGUACCGCUCGGAACAGCUCAGCAAAGUCAUCUCUCCGGAUCUUACCUUGGUGAUGACGGGCAAGUCAACGCAAACAGACCAUCAAGUGAUCAGCUGGACUCAAUCGAUUUCAAUGCGCACUCAGCCUACGACAAUCACCUCCCGAACCUGCCUGAUGGUAUUGACUUCUUCUCGAUGCUUCCAAAUGGUGCUACAAAUAUCGAUAUGGACUCUGCCAUAUCGAAUUAUCUAUUCAAUUCGGGCUAUAGCCCAACUAUCGAUAAUGAUAUGGCCAGACCAUUGGGCGACUCCAAUUCUUCAGUCACGUCGCAACUUGCACAGGAUAGCCACGACUUGCUCUUACCUUCAACUGAUCCUACAGAGCUCCGGAAUGCACCAGGAUCUUUUGCGCGACUGCCGACCGUCAUCGAUCAGAAGCCACGAAAUGUGAACAUUCCAAUACUUGAUGCUACUGCGCAUUUCAAUAUUAUUGCGGAUGUUCGCAGGCGUCUUUCCCCAGAACAAUUCUCACAAUUCCAAUUGCCUACGGCACAAAAGCUUCAACAAUAUUUGACGAGCUAUUUCACGUGCUUCCACCACCAUCUUCCAAUCCUGCAUUUACCGUCACUUGAUAUGCGAAUGCCGUAUGUGCCGCUCGUUCUGGCGGUGUCAGCUAUUGGAGCUCUCUAUCGUCUUAAUCGAAAAGUGGCCAGGCUUUUAUGGCAGUGGGCAGAGAUGAUGGUAGAGCCUGCACUUCAACGAGAUCCUUCUGACUUGAUGGCUCCAUGUCUGACUGAAGCCGUUCAAAGCAGACUGUUGCUCUCAUUGUACGCUGUAUUUAGCGGCGAUACGAAAGACGUUGUGUCUGCGAUCGAGAGAAGCGGGUUUUGGGCAACGGAGUAUCGCAUUCGUCGAUGUGCUUUGAACAGAGACUCCUUAUUGACUCAGCCAACUUCUUGGUUAGAAUGGACCACCAGAGAAACUUCGAAACGACUACUAUGCGGUAUAUUCACUCUGAAUUCUCUAUUGACUGUCACCUAUGAUACAACUCCGAAUGUCUCUUUGACCCAAGACCUUAACAUUGAGAUGCCGGCAGACGAAGGUUGGUGGGAAGCGAAAGAUGCUCAGCAAUGGCAACAUGCUGUAGACGCAUCCGAUCUUCAUGAUCGAGUUACCAUUUCUAAAGCCUUGACGCAGCUCGUUUAUGGCGAUGACGCUGAUGACGACGAUGGCGAUGUCAACCCUAACAGAUUCACUCGAGCAUCAAUUACAUGGUCUGGCUUCGCAACCACUGUCAUUAUGCAUGCGGUUGGUUUACAUAUGUGGUCAAUCAUGCAGUGUUCACAUUCGGUCACGGGCAUCACUGCCCUAAGCUCUCCAUCUUGGGCUCCGAUGUAUGCAAGGAUUCAAUACUCGCUGGCAAGAUGCCACGCUUUGGUUGUGGCCAAUGCCCAAAGAGAUCAGGAACCUCAUUCGGAGAAAGGUGCCGUCAUUUUUAAUUGCCAGGCUCUUUUAAGGAUUGCCUAUGUGAGACUCUUCACCAGCGCAGGGAGUGUCGAUCGUAUGAUGCUUUUGAGCCAGAACGAUGCUCAACUGGAAUCCAGUAUCCAGUCCUACAUGCAUGCAGUGCAAAAAAGGAGUCCUUUUUUGACGAAGGCGGUUCUCGAGGCUUUCGGAGGGUUUUCAACGCCUAUCAAGGCUGGAUACCUUAUGGUAAGGAAGACUGCAGCAUUGAGCUGGAGUGUGGAGCAUGCCAUUGCAGCAUGGGACUGUGCACUAUUCGUAACGAAGUGGAUUCAUGCUUUGGAGACUAGGCAUCCCGACGAUGACCCUCUUGACCCUGCAGAAGCUCAAAAUUUCGCGAACUUUAGCGAAUUGCUGAACGAGGUCGAAAGCGAUUAUGAUGGCAAAGGAUCAUUAGCUGGGGAGGUUGCAAGAGUGUGGGCUUGCUUUUUGGAUGAUACUUGGGUCUGGGCAAUAACUCCACGGAUGGGCCAUGUUUUGAGGCUACUUUCGAAAGCAUACAUUAAGGAGUGGAAUGCCCGCGCUAUACUGGCAUAGAAUAUUUACUUGGUGAAUGCUUCUGCGAAGAUAUUUUGAUAAUAUAUCUGCUAUUGUAAUUGAAG